UUAUUAGUGUUACGUGUAUCAGUAUAUACAUGUAGUAAAAUACAUGUGCGAUUCGCGUGUCACCAAAUGAGAGAAAGAUCGUUUAAAGGUGAACCUAACACACACACCUUUUAAAAUUCAGUAACAGAUACAGUAUGACAAAAAUGUAUUACACUGCAACAUACAGCUGUCUUGUCCUUCUAGGAGUCAUUGGUUAGCAUAUGGGGCAAACAAUUUAAAAAAACGGAAUCGUUGAAACUGAGGGGCAGGUGCGUAAAACUCCGUAAUUUAGAAAUCAAUCAUAUUGCAAGAAUUAUACUACUACAAAGGAUACGUUGGAUAAAGCUAAAUAGCAAUGGUUUGGGUGGAUGUAUCUAAGCAUAUUUGCAAUAUCAUAAUAUCUAUUGUCACAAUCCUAACAAUUGGUAUCAUAACGUUUAAUAUUUAUUAAACUUUUGACGAAGUAUUCCUCAGAUUUGCCAAAGACGCUAGCGAAACAAGUCGACCUCGUUUCAUAAAUGUCACAUUAGAUAUCACACGAAAAUUCUAGCAACGGUGUCUGUACGUAGUGUCGCGUUAAAGACCCCGAAAUUUCAGACAAUGUCAAAACUGUUCAGGAGUAAACUUCAAUCAUGCUUUAUUGCUUCAACUACGAAGACAGAUAUACAUUAAUGUUUUUAAACAACAGUACAUAAAUAUCACGGAAUAUGUUAAUUAUCUUGCAACAAAAAAUAAGUGUACUCAGCUGUGCUCAACAUUAUAAUUCUCCAGUUAGCGAUAAUCAACUUUAUUUGCCAUGUACCGUCAUUCGUAUCCUUUUUUUUUUAAGUGGGACGAAAAGCAGUGGACGAGUCCGAAAUAAGUAUUGACUAUCUGGAGAGGAUCUUCGGUAAUGCAAGUUUACCAGGAGGUCGCUUCCGUCCUCGGGCGUGUUCGCGGGGUUUGGGGAGGACAGCCAUUAUAAUACCGUAUCGGGACAGAAGGAAACACCUACUUCAGUAUCUCAAUAAUGUACUCCCCAAGCUACUCAAACAGCAGAUAGACUUCACUAUUUUCGUCAUUGAACAGAAUAAUGGUUCCAGCUUUAACAGGGGGCUGAUGAGAAAUGUUGGUUUCCAGGAAGCCAUGAAGUCUGGACAAUUUGACUGUUUUAUCUUCAAUGACGUAGAUACGAUCAUCGAGGAUGACCGGAACAUCUUCUAUUGUAAUCGGGAUAUGGUACGGCAUCUGGUGUCCGCUAUUAACCGCGACUAUUACAGAUUGCCGUACUAUACACUUGUGGGUGGAAUCAUUGGAUUUACAGCAGAGCAAUUCCAACGAAUUAACGGUUACUCCAAUUUAUUUUUUGUAUGGGGUGCUGAAGACGACGAUUUAUACCGACGGAUAAUCAGUGAGGGAUAUCUUAUAGAACGACCUCCGGAACUUAUAGCAGCUGUUACUACACUCAAACACACAGCAGAUCCAGUUUUCAAGGCUAGGAUGACUAUAUACAAUUCCAUCGAUGGAUAUUACAUGUCAGAUGGACUGAACAGUUUAGAGUAUGAAGUAUUAGAUUUCAAGCGGAUGAAACUAUUCACCUGGAUACAUAUAGAUGUGAACGAACACGCAAUUAAAAAGCUUUUGUUUUAGAUAUCUGAGAUGUCGAGAGAAUCUGUGAUAUAUAAAUAAUGUCCCUAAUGUUGAUAUCGUUAUAUAUGUAGAAUUGCAUGACGAUGUCUUUAUACAACCCUACGAAUUCGGGUGGCAUUCCUAUCAACUUGAAAUGUCCUGGCCCGAUUAUUAUGACGCCAUAAUGUAAAGAUCGGAUUUCACUGACCCUUCUUUGAAGAUGGCUGAUCUAAUUUUUGAUGCAUUGAUGUAAUUUUCUAUUGGGUUAAAACAUUCUAAAUAUCAGUAAUGAAGUAAAUUAACGACUUGCUUGUAGUAUUCAUUCAUAUUCAACAUAAAUGUGAACGGGAGACCAAAAUUUAUAUUGCAUGAAGUAAUCUGGCACUUCAUGUUGAAUUUCUAAGUUUUCAGUUGCCUUUAUAUUGAUUAUAUCAAUAUUACUGCAAACUAAAAGCAUUUCAAUGCAUAAAUGUAUAUGAAAUAUUAAUACAUCACGUGUUGGGAUGGUUAUAAAGUCGAAUAAUUCGCCUGCUCAAAGAAUAUUUUGUUUGCUGGUAUUCCAUACCGAACUAAUCUAUUUUUGUUUAAAAGACAUUAUUUUAAUUUAAGCUUGCCCAUUUUAAUGUCAUUUUACUUGAGUGGCAAAUGAAAAUAACAAAGUAGAUCUACUGAAAGACUUCCUACUGAUGAGAUGGCUUUAAUAUUUUAUUUCUUGUUUUUCCUUUUGUCCCUUUUCUGCAGUUUUGUACGUCUCUCUCUUUUAAACAUCUGCUAUUCGUGGUUUAAUUUGAUGGAUCUUCAUACACGUUUUAAUGAUAAUUUUCUUACACAUAUAGCAGAGACUUGGAACAUAUUUUACGUUUUGUUUUUCAUUGUUCUGCCUUUUUUUCUAAAAUAAAAAUGAUGUAUAUGAAACUGUUGAUAUUGAAACGCGAUAUGCGGUGUUGAUGAUUUAGUGCUUUCACAUACUAGGUUUGAUAAAUAGAAUCUUCUGCAAAUUUAUAGUAUUAUAUCAAAAAGGAGAAAGUAUCAGAAUAUAGCCACACAAAAUAAAGCUCAAAUCAACAUCAAUAAUAAAAAUAUAAAAUUAGGAAAUGAGGGAACGUUUACAAAAAAAACUAACACAUUUAUUAGUAGACAGUCAUUAGAUUCUUAAAAUCUAGGACACAAUGACAAUUGUAAAGCCCCCUCCGUGUUGACUGACUGUCAUGUAUAAUCCAUGCGAAUGAUUAGAGAGUAGAUGUGCUAUUGCCAUUCUCCAGGCAAAUUUGAAGAAAUCAGCUUUUAGAAAGGACUUUUUUUUUGUAACUCAACCUAGCAAACCUUCGACCAUUACUUUCUCAAGCAGGUUGAUUUCAUCAAAGAUACUCUAUCAGGGAGGAGAGAAUUUGAAAUGGGUAAAUAAAGGUUAGUUGGGCUGUUAUUGUAUUUCUGUAUUUGAAAUACUGAAAUCCUAUUUCAGAAUGCUCUGUGUAAAGGGUGAAAAAAAAAUGUUCUCGCUCCUCAACUUCUUUCCUAUACUCUAUCCGACUUGCACACUAAAUUUCGAAGGAAAGAUUUUGUCUGUAAAUCCACGUUAAUCGUAUGUCUCCUGUCGAUUUAAAUGACAAUCAUUUAAAUUGUUAUCUUGUUUACAGUGAAUAGCAUAGCAUAUAUUCAUUUCCACUGUGAACUUCUGGCAGAAGCAAUUUAAGUAGAAUAUUGCCUUUAAUGCGGUUAAGUAAUGUUUUGACUAACAAAAUCAACUAAAACAUUGUUUUGCUUUACUUAAAGGUUUAUACUAUCAUCAACAGUAUACAACUAUAUGCUAUUGAUUUUAAUGAACGGAAUGAAGGAAGAAUCUCAAUUUGAUUUCUUGAAAGUAUCAAUGUAUUACAUGGAUAUAUAUAUAUAUAUAUAAAUGCAAAUAUGAUGUUUUUGCAGAUAUAUUUAUACAAAAGUGAUGAACAUGAACUGAUUUUUGAGUGAUCCUUACGUGUGAAAAGUUGGUAUUCUGUAUUUAUUAGAUCGUCUCAUUUCAUGCUCAACACAGUAUGUACAAUUAAACACUUUUGUGCUGCGCUUUUAUUGAAAUCCCUUUUCAUUUAAGCUACUUAAAGUCAGGGAAAUAUGAAAAAGAAAAUAAUAUGAAUAUUUACAAACGUGCAUGUAUGCAAUUUACAUAAACAUCAUGACUAAGUACUGUGUGAAUGUGGGUAUACGUUGAAUGAGAUUAUGUAUACUAGGUCAAAAUAAAUUGUCAUUCAUGUACCUGUCGUUCAUAUUUAUAUGACGUCAAAGUUAAACAGUAUGCAUAAAGCUUUGUAACCGAUUGGAUCAGAUUAUUCGUAUGAUGUCAAGUUGAAAAGCAUACGUGAACCGUUGUAUCUGGUUGCAUAAGAUGAUUCGAAUGACGCCUAAGUUAAACAGCAUACAUUUAGCUUUGUAUCCGAUUUGUAAGGUAAUUUCUCUUGACACCAAAGUUAAACAGCAUAUUUUCAGCUUUGUAUCUGAAUGAUUCAGAUUAGUCAUAGAACGUCAAAGACCAUAUAUUUAGCGUUGUAUUUUGUUGAAUGAGAUGAUUCACAUGACGUCAAAGUUGAACAGCAAACCUUCAGUUUUGUUACCGAUUGGAUCACAUAAUUCGUAUGACGUCAAUGAAGCGCUGUAUCAUAUUAAUAAAAUGAUUCAAAUGACGUCAAAGUUGAAUAGUAUUAAUUGAGCUUUGUUUCUGAUUGGAUCAGAUUAUACCUAUGACGUCAAAGUUAUUCAUCAUGUUUGUUUCUGCGAGUAUUUUUUUUAUUAGAUGUUUUCUUUUUUGAAAGUUAAAAGCAGACAUUUAGCAUAUUACCUGAUUGGAAAGAUUAUUUGUAUGACGUCAAAGAUGAAGAGCAUAUAUGUAGCUUUGUAUUUUGUUGAAUAAGAUGAUUCAAAUGACGUCAAAGUUAAAUAACAUAAGUUAGCUUUGUUUCUGAUAGGAUCAGAUUAUUCAUAUAACAUCGAAGCUGUUCAUUGUGUUAGUUUCUGCGGCUUUGAUUGUAUGAUUAUAUAUAUUUGACGUUAGAAUUUAACUUCAUAUAUGUAACUGCGUAUCUAAUUAGAUUAGAUAAUACCUAUGCUGUUUUUAUUAAACAUCCUGCAUCAAAAAUACCUCACGUGUCGUCACCAGAAUGAUGUUGUUUGCUUCUAUUGCGAAACUAUAAAAUAGUUCAAGCGCUUGAAUGAUCGAUGCAUGAAUAGUUAUUUCCCCUUCGAUUUAACAUGUAAUUCCUUUAUAAACUAAAUCAUUCUUACUGUCAUACUAUUGCAGGUACAUUUAAUGAACAGUAUGAAACAUCAAGUUGUUAUAACGUUGAUUCCUCGUCAUACUGUCAUAAACUAUUGUGACAUUAUAAUUAUAGGGGCGUUAACGGAAUUGGUGAUUCAUGGAAAGAUGUAUGAAACAUUUGUGAAGACGUGAGGAUCUUGGAAUAAAUCAUGUAUUAACUAGAACAGAGUGCGCGAUGAUUUACUACAUAUCAUAAGAAUAGUGUGAUGACAUACUUCACUAAAUGCAUUCCAUAUGUUUUUUAUAUAUAUUUUAAAGGGUAUGAUUUUACAAAAAUUGUUUUACUCUAUUGGUCAUGUCAUGUCAUAUUAUAUUUUGCUACUGUUAUUUUUCCAGUCAUACUUAUGGCACGUUUCUUGACUUUGAUAUUCUAGUGUUUAUAUUUUACCUGAUGACACUAGUACCUGACCUCAAGAGUCAUUUUUCAAUCGCCUUGUCAUUAUUUUUAUUUAUAAAUAUUCUUUUUCUUAAAGAUGCAAGAAUAUCUGUUUUAUUGGAUAAUAAACAAAUUGAACUAUUUUAA